AUGAUCGAUAUCAUAUGCCAAAAUAAGACAGGGAGUCACCGAUUACACCUGAAAAUAGACACGGGAUCAAGCGGGAACACUCUGCCCCUACGUGCUCUCAAACAAAUGUACAAAGACAACAGGAAUGCUGCACUAAAACCAACAACUGCCAGACUAACUGCCUACAACGGGUCAGAUAUACACUUGAAUGAUCUAAAACAACUGUACACACAGCAGUUCGACAAAAUAGGAAUCUUCAGAGGCGAAGCAGUUCUACAUCUCAAAGAGGACGCAAACCCAUCAAUAGAUGCUCCUCGAAAAUGCAGCGUACACAUCAAGCAGAAAAUAAAGAAAGAGCUAGAUGAAAUGGAAAAACAAUUUAUCAUUCGAAAGAUACAACAUCACACAGACUGGUGCAGUUCCAUAACGAGUGUGCUCAAGAAAGACGGAUCAAUCAGAAUAUGCAUUGAUCCUAAGCAACUGAACCAAAACCUUAAGAGAUGCCCCCACAAAUUGCCGACACUAGAGGAGCUAAACCCAGCAUUCUCGCAGGCUAAAUACUUCUCAAAGCUAGACGCCAAAGCAGGUUAUUGGUCUGUCCACCUUGCAAAGAAAUCACAGGAACUAACCACGUUCCGAACGCCAUUUGGAAGAUACUGUUUCCAACGGCUGCCAUUCGGUCUAUCAGUGAGCCAAGAUGUGUUUCAACAACAUAUGGAUCGAAUAAUCAAUCAGGCGGAUGGCUGUGUCUGCAUCGCAGUGAUCGGUCGCUCCGAGGAAGAGCAUGACAGAAACCUACACAACCUUCUAGAGACAGCCAGACGUGGGCUAGUCUUCAAAAAUCACCAACACGCUCUAGAUGAGAUAAGGAAGGCAAUCACAGCAGAAGCUUGCCUGCAGUACUACAAUCCAAACAAAGCAACUAUCUUAGAAGUAGACGCAUCCCAGAAGGGCCUUGGAGCCUGUAUUUUACAAAACGGCAAAGCAGUCGCAUUUGCAUCGAAAAGUCUCUCACCAGCACAAGCAAACUACUCUAACAUAGAACGUGAGACACUUGCUCUCGUAUUUGGCAUCAACAGAUUCCAUACAUAUCUGUUUGGAAAAGAAUUCUUGGUGGAAACCGAUCAUAAGCCAUUAGAGAUGAUCUGGAAGAAGCCACUUACAAGCACACCUCCACGCCUACAGAGACAACUUAUCAAAAUACAAGGAUAUGAUUGCACUAUCAAAUAUAAGCCAGGAAGCUUAAUGGUAUUAUCGGACACCCUAAGCAGACUGCCAAACCCAAGCAAAACACAAGAUGUACCGAUCAAGCUCGAGGUUGACGAUAUUGAAGACACACUCAAUACUGACCUAAUGAGCUUUGCAACUAGCAAGCAAGAGGAACUACAAAACGAGACCUCAAACGACCGAGUGUUACAGACACUAUGGCAAAUUGUAAUUGCUGGAUGGCCAGAGAACAUAAAGCAAGUUCCGGAAGACAUUAGAGUGUUCUGGCCAUACCGAGACGAGAUAGGGAUCUCCAAUGGAGUAAUGUUCAAUGGCAUACGAGUAAUAAUCCCAAAGAAUCUCCAAACAAACAUCCUAGAACAAUUGCACCAAGGACGCAUGGGGAUUGAACGAACCAGAAGGCUUGCCAGAGAGACAGUGUAUUGGUCAGGAAUCGAUAAAGACAUCGAAAGAGCAAUAAAGUUGUGCCAGCCAUGUCAGGAGCACCAGCCUUCACAGCACAAAGAACCAUUGGAGCCACACGACAUCCCAACAACGCCUUGGACCAAGCUCUCUGCUGAUUUGUUCUCAAUUGGUAAAGAUGACUACAUAGUAAUAACGGACUACUAUUCCAAAUAUCCUAUUGUCCAUAAGUUAAACAUUACGUCAAGCACCACUAUUGCACGUAUUGUGAGCGGAACAAUGAGCCUUUUUGGAGCACCGGCAGAAAUCGUUUCGGACAACGGUCCACAGUACAGCGGCCAACCCUUCAAAGAAAUGUACAGAAACUGGGGAGUGAAACACACUACCUCUUCUCCAAGAUAUCCCUGCUCAAACAGACUGGCAGAGCGCACAGUUAGAACAUUGAAAUCCUUGAUCAAGAAAUGCACACAGACUAGGCAAAGCAUACAAGUUGCCUUAUUACAUCUCCGGGCAACCCCGAUUGGACCCGGCCUACCAUCACCUGCAGAAAUGAUGUUUGGUCGACUGGUAAGAACAACGCUUCCAAGUCAUCACUUGUCAGAAGUCAUCAAGCAUCAGAAGUGCAUGAUAAGCUUAUAUCAAGACAGCAGGAAAUGA